GCACACAGCAUUUCAUCUUAAACUGAGAUACAAUGAUUAGUUCUUACAGGUCUCUUCAGUUGCUGCAGAUUCAGCCUGUCUCCUUAUACGAAGCCGAAAUUUUCCUCAGAAGGAAUCUGUAUCAGGACUGGAUGUGAGGAUGGAGCAGAUUUUACUAAUUGUGAUGAAGUUACUGUUGCUUAAUUCACUUUUCCAUUAUGGACAUGCUAAAGUUAUAUUCCGGUCUGUCCUCUCUGUGUCUCCAUCAUGGCUGAGUCCUGGAUCCUCAGUAACUCUGAGAUGUGAGGUUGAACAUCUGCCUGCAGGAUGGAGGUUCUACUGGUAUAAAGCUGUUCCUGAUCUGUUACAUAACGGGUACAGUUGUAAGCUGUUGCCUGGCAGCACCUAUGGGACCACACACAAUUACUACAUCAUUCAAAGUCAGACACACACAGCAGGAUAUGUGUGUAGAGCUGGACGAAAAGGAAACAGCUUAAAAUUUUAUGCCACUAAUUACAGUCAACCAAAGUUUGUCUGGUCUACCGUUUCUCACCCAGCAGCAUCUCUCACAGUGAGUCCUGACAGAGAGCAACACUUCACUGUUGAUGAUAUCUCUCUGAUCUGUGGAGGAAGCUCUGCUGAGUGGAGAGUGAUGAGGUUUACUCGAGGACAAAGGCUUUCAGACUGCUCCUCCUGGGGGACGAUGACUGGAUCUACAUGCACCAUAGAGAAUCUCUGGUAUCAGAGUGGAGUGUACUGGUGUGAGUCUGGAUCAGGAGAUUUCAGCAAUGGAGUAAUUCUCAGUAUAAAAUAUAAACCCCGGCCUGUCCUCUCUGUGUCUCCAUCAUGGCUGAGUCCUGGAUCCUCAGUAACUCUGAGAUGUGAGAUUAAACCUCCGUCUGCAGGAUGGAGGUUCUACUGGUAUAAAGCUGUUCCUGAUCUGUUAUCCAACAGCUACAGUUAUGAUCUGCUGCCUGGUAGCACUGCUGGGACUGAACAUGAUUCCUACAUCAUUCAUGGACAAACACACACAGCAAGAUAUGUGUGUAGAGCUGGAAGAGGAGACCCAGAGUAUCACACUGAUUACAGUGAACCAAAGUUUCUUUGGUCUGCAGCUUGGCCCUCCUCCAGAUCAACUUCAGGAACUUCCAGCGCCUAUGGAGUAGCCUGGGGCAGUUCUUAUAUCCUCCAUUGGGCACCAGCAGCGGACCUUGCUCUUGCCCUCUUGACUACUACCUGGAGCUCUCACCAACUGGGCUCCUUCCCGUUAAAAUCCAGUGUUGAUGCAGGUGAAUCAAUCAGGGACCUACAGGUGCCCAGUUCUCAUCCAGCAGCAUCUCUCACAGUGAGUCCUGACAGAGAGCAACACUUCACUGUUGAUGAUAUCUCUCUGAUCUGUGGAGGAAGCUCUGCUGAGUGGAGAGUGAUGAGGUUUACUGGAGGAGGUUUCCUUUCAGACUGCGCCUCCUGGGGGACGAUGACUGGAUCUACAUGUAGCUUAAACAGUCGUUGGUACCAGAGAGGAGUGUAUUGGUGUGAGUCUGGAUCAGGAGAGUUCAGUAAUGCAGUCAACAUCACUAGAGAAAGACCUGUCCUCUCCGUGUCUCCAUCAUGGCUGAGUCCUGGAUCCUCAGUAACUCUGAGAUGUGAGGUUGAAGAUCCGUCUGCAGGAUGGAGGUUCUACUGGUAUAAAGCUGUUCCUGAUCUGUUACACAAGAACUACAGCUAUGAUCUGCUAGCCGGUACUGGCAAUGGCACUGCACAAUAUUUUUACAUCAUUCAUGGACAAACACACACAACAGGAUAUGUGUGUAGAGCUGGAAGAGGAGACCCAGAGUAUCACACUGAUUACAGUGACCUCAAGCUUAUGUGGUCUGGAAAUUUUCAUCCAGCAGUAUCUCUCACAGUAAGUCCUGACAGAAGUCAACACUUCACUUCUGAGGCUGUUUCUCUGAACUGUGAAGGAAACUCUACUGGGUGGAGGGUGAUGGAGUUUACAGAAGCAGGACGUCUGUCAUACCUCGGAAACUGUUCCAACUUGGAAACAAGGAAUGGAUCCUCCUGUACCUUCAGCAGUGAGAAAUACCACAGUGCAGUUUGCUGGUGUGAGUUUAGAUCAGGAGAGUUCAGCAACGCAUUCAACAUAACUGUGCAAGAUACAGAUGUUAUCCUGGUGAGCCCCGUCCAUCCUGUGACUGAGGGAGCUUCUGUCAGUCUGAGCUGCAGACUGAGAGAACAAAACACACUUUCAAAUGUUUCUUUCUAUCACAAUGACAAACUUCUCCAACAUGAUGGCAGAGAGGAGCUGAACAUCUCUGCAGUGUCAAAGUCAGACGAAGGUUUCUACAAGUGUCAACAUGCAGGAAAGACGUCACAACAGAGCUGGAUGUCAGUUACAGCUGUGUCCAGACCUGGAAGCUCUUCACUUCCUGUACUGCUGAUCUUUGGACCAGUUGGUGGAAUUGUUUGUAUUUUCCUGCUUUUGCUGUGUCUAAGCAGACAGUCAAAAGAUUCAUGUUGGAUCAGGUCCAUUCAGUCAGAGAGCUCCAGUCAGACUGAAAACCAUGGAGUUAACCAGACUGAAACCAAAGAAGACAGCUUUCCACUUAAUGCUGAGGUUGACAUCUAUGAGCCAAUCAUGCAAUCUGGAGACACAGAUGCAGACGAAUCCAGAGAUGUUAUAUACUCUGUCAUUGGGCUCAAACACUGUGGAAAGAACAGAGGGCUCGAAGAAGCAGAGGAAGAUCCGGUUUAUAUUAAUGUGAAGACAGCAAACACAGGGGGGUCGUGUUUUCCAGCAACUGCAGUCUACUCUGAAGUCAGAUUUCAAACAAUUGUAUAUAAUGAUGCUGCAAUCCAAGGAGCCAUCACAGAGCAUACACCAGGAGAGGAGAUGCACACUGACUGGCUGACCCCUUCAUUUACACAUAAAACAGGAAAUAUUUUUCAGAAGCAGACGGGCCUGGUUUCAGUGUUGGAUGUGAGGAUGGGAUGCAAUUCGUUCUGUGUGCUGCUGCCAUUCUUGCUGAACACACUCCUCCACUCUGAACCUGUUCAAUGCGAACGCAGACGUCAUCUCAACGUGUCUUCAUCAUGGCUCACUUCUGGAUCUUCUGUAACACUGACCUGUAUAAUUCCAUCUAACGGAUGGAGGGUCUACUGGUACAAGGCUGUACACAUACAGUCCAACAACUCGUAUCACUAUGAGGAGCUGCCUGGUACCACCAGUGGGACAGCAGAGGAUUCCUACGUCAUUCAUGGACAGACACACACAGCAGGAUAUAUUUGCAAAGCUGAAAAGAGGAACCAACUGUUGCAAAGCAAACCCAGAUUUGUCUGGUGUGUUGAUUCUCCUCCAGCAUCUGCAUCAAUCAAAGUGACUCCUGACAGUGUGCAGCACUUUUCUGGAGAAACUGUAUCGCUGCAGUGUGAAGGAAGGUCUUCUGAGUGGAGAGUGAUGAGGUUAACUCAUGCUGGCCAUGUUGGAAACUGCUCCGCCUGGGGGAACAUGACUGGAUCCACUUGCACAGUCCAGAAAUCUACCAAGAAAACAGCGGUGUACUGGUGUGAGUCUGGAUCUGACUUUAGCAAUGCAGUCAACAUCACAGUUCAACGGCAGAAUAUUAAAUUGAUGAGCCCGGUACAGCCAGUGACUGAGGGUGAAGCUGUUACUCUUGUCUGCAAUUUGAGGAAUGAAACAGUUUUUAAACAUUCUAGUGUGUCUUUCUACCACAAUGAUCAGCUCAUCCAAAAUGAUACCAGGAGGGAGGUGAAUAUUUCUGCAGUGUCAAAGACACAUGAAGGCUUCUACAAGUGUGAGUGCUCAGGAGAAGCCUCACCAUCAAGCUGGAUAUCAGUAAAAUCAGCAUCCAAGGACAAAAACCUUUUGUUUUCUGUACAGUCAAUCAUAGGGUUGAUACUUGGGAUUUUACUGAUUAUUGCACUCCUGUUGAUUUUGGUGCUGCUAUUGCACUACUACAGACAGUCGCAAGAUGAGAGUUUACUUUAUGCACAGGUGGAUUUCUGCAAAAAAAGUAAAAGCAGCAUAGACAAAGGACAAGCCUCUCAUGCCGCCGAAGAGGAAACUAUUUAUUCUGAAGUCAAACUCUAGGGCUACAAAAAUGGAUGCACCAUGUUUUCACUUUUCAGGGGCAUUUUCUUCAAGCUGUUAUAUGUUAUUAUUACAUGAUAAUUGGGAAAAAAAAUUCAAGUUGCUGUUUUUAUGUGCAGGUUAUUUUGCAUUGUACUAGCUUCUUCUUAGAUCUUUUUAUGGAGCAAUUAACUUUUUCAAAGCUGUUUGUUUGUAGCAUUCUAUGUAUUCUUAGUUCAUUUGCCUACACCCCAAAAAAGCAUGUUUAUUGCAUUGUACAAAUAAAAAU